CUUGGAUUCCACCUCACCACUGCCUGUGCUGCUGUUGGAAAUCGAAUUAGGAACUGAGAGAAGAGGGGAGAAUAAAUCAAAAUAGGCGCCUGAGCCGUGGUCGAACAUCUCAUUAACCUCAUCACCCCAUCACAACUCGUCAUCUCCAUCAUACUUUAUCGUUCUUUCGGAAUUAUGCGGUGGACAACGCAUCUUCUUCCUUUGUUGCUGGGGGCGAUCCUCCCCUCGCAGGCACAAGAUGGGACGCUCGCCCUUACCAAUUCGGCCUUCACUCUCGAGGGGACUUUGACCAGCGACGGCGAAGUGACGAUACCCACCGGCGAAUAUCAGACCUACUCUUCGACCAUCACGCUGUCAAACGACGGGGACCUCACUUCUGCCACCGUAACCGGCUCCGGCUCCAGCAUGGGUGUCGAAUCUGCGACCGGCAAUGCCUCCUCCAGCUAUACGACCACAUCGGAUUCCGUGACAAUGCUCGUCGGGGGGAUGCACACCACAGUCCUGGGUAAUGCAUCGGCCAGUGCGACAAAUGCGACUUCCCGGCCGACCUCCACACCCGUCGUUAAUACCCAGCCUUGCAAUGGCUAUCCGGAGUUUUGCGCGAAGAAAUACUCCAACGUCACCAUGGUGGCCGCUCAUAACAGUCCGUUUGUGAAGCAGGGUAACGUGGCUGCCAAUCAAGUUCUGGAUGUGACAACCCAGUUGAACGAUGGCAUUCGGAUGUUGCAAUUCCAAACCCACCUGGUCAACGACACCAUGUAUCUCUGCCAUAGCAGCUGCGACCUGCUCAACAUGGGGCCUCUCGAGGAUUAUCUUGUUACAGUCACAGAAUGGAUAAAGACGCACCCGUACGAUGUGGUUACUAUCCUUAUGGGCAACAGCGACUACGUUUCACCAAAGUACUUCACCAAGCCCGUUGAAAACUCCGGCCUGAAGGAUUUGGUCUACACGCCUCCCAAGAUCCCCAUGGCGUUGGACGACUGGCCAUCCAUGUCGAGCAUGAUUCUGUCCGGCAAGCGGGCGGUCAUGUUCUUGGACUACCAGGCCAACCAGACUGCGGACCCGUGGCUCAUGGACGAGUUCUCCCAGGUGUGGGAGACUCCAUUCUCGCCUACAGACAGAGAGUUCCCUUGCACAACCCAGCGUCCCCCGGAUCUGGCGCCGCAGGAUGCCAACAACCGUUUGUACAUCGCCAACCACAACCUCAACUUGGAGUUCAACUUUGGUUCUCUCAACCUGUUGAUCCCCAAUACCGCAUUGUUGAACGAGACCAAUGCUGUUUCUGGAUAUGGAAGUCUUGGUCGCAUGGCGGACAACUGCACUACAAACUGGAACCGCCCACCGAACUUCCUGCUGGUUGACUACUACAACUACGGCAACUUCAACGGCUCAGUCUUUGAAGUGGCUGCCGAGAUGAACAACGUGACGUAUAACGGUCAAUGCUGCGGCACGACAUCAGCAGCGUCGAAUCUGGCCGGUCUGAACAUGAUGGCCAUGCUCCUCGUUAUCGCAGGAGUCCAGAUGUUCACCCACUACCUUUGAUUCUUUUUGACUUAUUUUCGUUCAAGAUAUCUUUUUUUGUUUACAAAGGAUGUAAUGGAGUUGGGACUUUGCUUUAUUUUUGUGAUCUAUGAGGGAUGAUUGCAUUGUACAGAGCAUUUCAAGUAUAUAGCACUCGUACAUAGGGUUGAAUUGAUACCACGUUGAUAAACACCUAAGG